CAAUCCCCCAGGCCUCGGAAGUGACGCAGCGCGCCCCGCCCCCGCCGCCAGAUCCGCUGCUGCUGCCGCGGCGGGCGGACCUGCAGGAGGCGGCGGCGGCGGCAGCGGCCGAGGCCGAGGAAAAAUGGCGGACGGUGUGGACCACAUAGACAUUUACGCGGAUGUGGGUGAAGAGUUCAACCAGGAAGCUGAAUAUGGUGGGCAUGAUCAGAUAGAUUUGUAUGAUGAUGUCAUCUCUCCAUCUGCAAAUAAUGGAGAUGCCCCAGAAGACCGAGAUUACAUGGAUACUCUCCCACCAACCGUUGGUGAUGAUGUGGGUAAAGGAGCAGCACCAAAUGUUGUCUAUACAUAUACUGGAAAGAGAAUUGCAUUAUAUAUUGGAAAUCUAACAUGGUGGACAACAGAUGAAGACUUAACUGAAGCAGUUCAUUCUUUGGGAGUAAAUGAUAUUUUGGAGAUAAAAUUUUUUGAAAAUCGGGCAAAUGGCCAGUCAAAGGGGUUUGCCCUUGUUGGUGUUGGAUCUGAAGCGUCCUCAAAAAAGUUAAUGGAUCUGUUGCCUAAAAGAGAACUUCAUGGUCAGAAUCCUGUUGUGACUCCAUGCAAUAAACAGUUCCUGAGUCAGUUUGAAAUGCAGUCCAGGAAAACUACACAAUCAGGACAAAUGUCUGGGGAAGGUAAAGCUGGUCCUCCGGGAGGCAGUUCACGUGCAGCAUUUCCACAAGGUGGUAGAGGACGGGGCCGUUUUCCAGGGGCUGUUCCCGGUGGGGACAGAUUUCCUGGGCCAGCAGGACCAGGAGGGCCACCCCCACCUUUUCCAGGAAAUUUGAUCAAGCAUCUUGUUAAAGGAACUCGGCCUUUGUUCCUGGAUACUAGGAUUCCAUGGCAUAUGGGGCACAGCAUAGAGGAAAUACCCAUUUUUGGCCUAAAAGCUGGACAAACUCCACCACGCCCACCCUUAGGUCCUCCAGGCCCACCUGGCCCACCAGGUCCUCCACCUCCUGGUCAGGUUCUGCCUCCUCCUUUAGCUGGGCCUCCUAAUCGAGGAGAUCGCCCUCCACCGCCAGUUCUCUUUCCUGGACAACCUUUUGGGCAGCCUCCAUUGGGUCCGCUGCCACCUGGUCCUCCACCUCCAGUUCCAGGCUACGGCCCCCCUCCUGGCCCACCACCUCCACAACAGGGACCACCUCCACCUCCAGGCCCCUUUCCACCUCGCCCACCUGGCCCUCUGGGGCCACCCCUUACACUUGCUCCUCCUCCGCAUCUUCCUGGACCACCUCCAGGUGCUCCACCGCCAGCUCCACAUGUGAACCCAGCUUUCUUUCCUCCACCAACUAACAGCGGCAUGCCUACAUCAGAUAGCCGGGGUCCCCCACCAACAGAUCCGUAUGGCCGACCUCCCCCAUAUGAUAGGGGCGACUAUGGGCCUCCUGGAAGGGAAAUGGAUACUGCAAGAACGCCAUUGAGUGAAGCUGAGUUUGAAGAAAUCAUGAAUAGAAAUAGGGCGAUCUCAAGCAGUGCUAUUUCAAGAGCUGUGUCUGAUGCCAGUGCUGGUGAUUAUGGGAGUGCGAUUGAGACAUUGGUAACCGCAAUUUCUUUAAUUAAACAGUCCAAAGUAUCUGCUGAUGAUCGUUGCAAAGUUCUCAUUAGCUCUUUGCAAGAUUGCCUUCAUGGAAUUGAAUCUAAGUCUUAUGGUUCUGGAUCAAGAAGACGUGAACGAUCAAGAGAGAGGGACCAUAGUAGAUCACGAGAAAAGAGUCGGCGUCAUAAAUCCCGCAGUAGAGAUCGUCAUGAUGAUUAUUAUAGAGAGAGAAGCAGAGAACGAGAGAGACACCGGGACCGAGACCGAGACCGGGACCGAGAACGUGACCGAGAGCGCGAGUAUCGUCAUCGUUAGAAGCUGAAGGAAGAGGAACACCUUCCAAGACAAAACAGUCUUCAUGAGGGAAACAUGACGCUUGUCCAGCAGUUUGCUUCUUGUGAUUGAACUGAACCUGUAAGGAUUCAUGGAUAAAAUGAACAGGAAUAGAUCUGAAUAAAGCAAAUCUGCAUAAAUGGUAACCAGUAGCUCUACUUUUAUUUUUUAUGUUGCUUAACUGUUUUAUUUGAAGGAAACCUGUGUGAUUUAAAAAGUUAUAGCUUUUGCAACUUUAUUACUGGUUAUAUACAUUUUGGCCAUUAUAAUGUGCAAGCAAUUGGAAAAAUGUCAAGUAAAUGCUUGUUUUUAUAGUAGUUUGUUCUUGUUAAAAAUGUUCAUAUGAUAAUGUCUGUAAACAGCACCACUUUGAUUACAAUAGAUGUAGUGUUGUAAUAAACUGUUUCAUGGGGCUGAUGUGUAAAGCUGUUCAAGUUAUUUGAUGUUUACACCUCAGGGAAAGUCUUGUGUUCAGCAAUAUCUAAAGAUAAUGUUACUAUGACAUUUAUACUGUCCUUUAAAAAAGCAUUGCAAUAGCAUUUUUGGAUAUGCAUCGAUCUAAUCUUGCGUUCAGUGAAUUAAACAUACUAAUUAAGUGUCUCUUGCCCUUGAUUUUGAUAUUAGAAUAGGUGAUUACAUGGAUAUUUAAUAUUUCUAUAUUCUGCUUUUCUAGCUGUUUUUACCUAGUUAGCUUGUGAUUUUGCUGAAUGGUAUGUAAAGUUGUAAAUUGAAAUUUCACAGACAUAGCAAUCCAGUCAAUGUGUUAGGGGUCAAAAAAUUUUGUGGUUUUAACAUUGUAGUACAAAACCAUACAUUAUUUGCUACAGUAAUGCAGCUUAUUUACCACACAGAUGUACUGAAAUGCCUAAUUGUAAACUGCUGGCAUUGAAGAAAUUUUGACAGUUCUGACUUGAUGCGGUAGUUAUUUGUGGUUUUAUAUUGAUAGUGCUUGUGGUUAAUUUUUGAAGCCAUGGGCAGUGUAAAUACAGCAGACAAAUUUAAGUAGAGAGCCUUAGUUUAUUUUUCAGUAACUAUAGAUUUCUGAAGGGUCUGAUGUUUAUUAACAUCGGGUCAUAUUCUCCUGUGUGUGUAAUGGGAGAUUAUAGGUGUACUUUAUCUCCAGUUUAAGGAAUUUUGUGUAUACUCAUGCAAUCUAUAUUGAUUCAUGCUAAGUUAAAGAUUAUUUUCAAACCUGCCUUGCAUAUUGGUCCCUAAGCACUUGGCUAGCUUAUGUUCUUAAUUGCAAAAUCAGCAUAGGCAGUGUCACCUUGAUUAGACAUUUUUAGAGAUAGGUCAUUCUGAAUCACUACUUCAGAAAUUUGAGUUAAGAUCCUUAAGCAAAUUAUAAUUUGCUUUUGAUGUUUUUAAGAUCUGAUUAUCUUUGAGAGAUCUGAUAAUACACAUUGGUUUUUAAAAAGUAUAGCCAAAAAUACUGAAGUAUUUUUAGGUACCGUAGAUAUUAUGCCAUAUGCAACUAUAGAAGCCCUCCAGAGAUUUGCACUGUAGUGCUUUACUUCCAUCUUGUGCACUGUCACACUAGGUCUUACAAAAUUAGUUGUUUGAAGUUAUUCACAUGAUUGCCAGUUUUAUUUUAAAACAUUUUGUGAGUAGAGUAUUUGUGCAUGGAAUCAUUGAUGUUUAUCAGAACUGUUUGCUCUCAAAUUUUUCAAGUGUUUUGUUGACAAUGUAGUUGCCUUUUUAACAUUAUUUGAGAGUUGUAUCAAAAUGAUUUUCUUGUUUUGUGUAUAGGUGUUGUUAGUUUAUGCAUUUCCUAGCUUUUUUAUAUUUUAAUUACAAUGCCCUAAUGCAAAGAAGGAUGGACAUAAACAUAUUACAAGGGAAAUUAGUUAAUAGUAAGCUUAAAAGGUAAGUAAAUGUCCAUGAGAAUAAAAUUUUCUCUGAAGAAUUUUAAAAUGGAAUCAUAAAAAUCUAACUGUGUUUGAACUUGAAACUGGAAAUUUUGUACUAAUUAAAUCCUUCAUUUACCUUUUCAUUUUUUAUCAGUGGAACCCUUUAAUUGCUCUUUCUAUAUCACUCUUCUCCCCGCGUGGCUGAUCUCAUAACGUGACUUGUUGCAGACAGUGUGAGUGUAUUAGACUUGCUUGCUGCUAGUCCAUUAUUUUUAAGUGUUGUCAGAAGGAAACUUUUUGGUUUGACUAAUUGAGUUUUGCAGUCUUUCUCAACCUGAUAACACAUGAAUGUAUAGCUGUAAAGGUAAAACUUGCAAGCCUUGUUUUAUUUUUUAUAUUCCUUCUGUUGUCUAUGGGCUGAUGUAAUUUGAAAAAAAAACACCCUUUUUUUAAUGUGUAAAAACAAUCCAAAGAGAUAAAUAUUUACACAAACACCAAAAAGAGAGAAAGUGUCCCAGAGACCUUUCAUUUCUUUUUAAACAGUGGAUAUGAAAACAAACUUGAGUUUAAUUUUAAACCAUAGCAUUUAUUAGUGCUAUGCAGUCACAUUCCUUUUCAGCCAGUAAAGGUACGAAUGAGUGAUGCAGCACCUGAAUGGUAUUGCUUCUGAAGCAACACUUUGAAUUGAAUGUGCUGCUUCUAGUUAAAGGACGUAUGUUGUGGAAAGAAUAUUCCAGUUUAAGUUUGGAAGUGUUUAUUUUGUCAGUUUUCAUGAGCAAGACUUGGAGUAAGUUGCAAUGGCUAUGGAUCGUAGUUAGUCCAUUUCAUGUCCCCUUUAUCAAAAUAGUCUUAAGCAGUUAACUACAAUUUAUAAAUAACUAUGGAUUGUAGCUUAAGGUGUUAUUUUCAUUUAAUUCUCCUGUGGAGAAUAUUGCUUUGUUUUUUACUAGUUUUUAAGGUCAGUUCUUAAACAUGAAGGUUUUAAUGAAUGUUGUAUAACAUUUUAUAGUGAAGGGGGAAAGUUGUUGGAAGGGUAAAGACUUUCUCUUUCCCUUAUGUAUUUAAAUGUGCCAAUAACCUAAAUACAUACUGUUUUAUACAAUGAGAUGCUACUACUACAAGACUUUCUGUUGGAGUGCUCUUGACAUUUUGGUUUUCAUUACCUGAAUGAUCAUUGCAUUUUCUGUAUUUUAUAAGGUGACUCCAAUUUUGUGUUUUAAGCUUUAGCUUGUUAUUUUAAGAGAAAGUUUGUGUCCUGAUACCUUACUGAAAACACAGUAUUGAGAAUUCUUGGUGUUUUACAGAAACUGCCUUUUAAACUUUAAUCCAUUAAGUUCAUUUGCAUCCCAUAGCCGUCUGUAAAUGUUUCCCAUAGUUGUAUGUACUUAAAUGCACGCUUAUCCAUUGUACAUGUUAGACAUUUUUGUGCUAAAAUAUAUUAAGUGGGAUUUUUGUAGCAAAGCAUUCUAUUUUUCUGUUUUUAAAGUGUGUGUUGUUUGUUGUUUUUUUGUUUUUUUACAUUAAUCUUCAGUUUAAACACUGGUGUAUUUUUUUUUAGCAACUUGACUCUUAGAAGCCUUAGACUAAUUUUUUAAUAAAUAUUCAACCAAAAAUUAUAAAUUUAUUAAGAUGUGGCCUUACAUAUAGCAUUCCUUGUGUUUGUAAUGUGAGAUUUUUGAUUUAGAGAAAUCAAGACAUUCAGGAUUUAAGUUUCAUUGUAAGUUGAAAUAGAAAACGUGUUAAAAUGUCUAGGCUUCUGGGAGGAAGUUCUUAUAGUCUUCUUUCUUGGCAUUAGAAAGAAGCAAUAUGAAUUUUUAUGAGUAUUCAAAAUAUUCCGGUAGUUGUAUCCUGUUCAGAUUGAUUUAGGCUUGUCUUAACCAAUGUUUCUUUAAAAUUUCAGGUUGGUAUUCACUUUGAGUAUGCAGCUACUAUGGUUUUUGUAUGGGACGUAUAAGACUUGGGUAGUUAUAGACAGAUUUUAAUAUUUUAAAGACUUCCUGCUAUAUUAACCAACGUAUUGUAAUGGAGUCUUUUAAAAUAUUAGGUAGAACUUAAUUGAAGUCACACAAAUCUUGAAAUGGUAUCUGCGGAUAGUAGAUACUAUGGAAAGCUUUUCAUGUGGGAGUAUCCUAAACUCUGCCAUGGGUGUAAAUGUUUUACAUUAAUUUCAUAAUUGAACAGACCCUGCAUUCAGUAAAAACAUUUCAUUUUCAAGAUGUUUUUUUCUUGUUUCAUUGUUACUGCAUAACACUUCUCAGCAUUCUGUGAGUUAAAUUAUUUUAAAAUACAAUGGUGAAUUCAUGUUUAUUUUUUUACUUUGAAAAUUGUAGUACUCAGGUGGCAUUUAAUGGGAAAGGAUCCUUUGGGGUAAAUCAUAGUGUAUUCCGAGGAAUGCAUCUAUAACAUUGAUGACUUUAGCCUUAAAAAAAGGUCUAUUAUUCCUUCUUCCUCUUCAUCCCAUGGUAUAUUAGCAAAGUAGUUUACAGCCUUAUACAGCCUUACAAAGUUGUUUUACAAUUUUUAAUGGAAAGCCCUUAACAAAAAAAUUGUAUCAUAUUGCCAGUAUCCAUGAAUUACUGAAUCACGGUUUGUAAAUAAUUUGUUUAAUAUCAGAAGGCCAAAGAAAGUCUUAAAAUUUUAGCUAUUGACUAUGGUGACUUCACAAAAAGAUUUCUGUGCAAAGGUAAGGUGAUAUUUGAUGAAAAUGACAUCUUUUUGGUGUCCAUGAAAACUAGAUUUCCAUAUUAGCUUCUAUUAGAAAGCUCAUUCCAUUUUAUUAAAAUGUUUGUAAUUACAAUUUUGUGUUUAAUGUUUACGUUCUGUCUUUUCUUUCUUUAGCAUUUAGGUGAUUGUUCAGCAGUUUGCUGUAUGGCCGUUGUUGGCCUUAAACUGCACUAGGAACAAGCAUGGUAUUUAUCUUGUAUUGAAAAUAAAACUCAGUUUUGAUAAUA